GCCAGGAGGGCGGCAGAGCGGAGCGGAGACACACACGGAGACACACACGGAGAGAGAAGGGGGGGACGGAGUUUGCUGGAUACAUGAGACGCUGUGACACGGUGACGGAAAAUUACAACAAAGCGUUGCGGGAUUUAGAUCAGCCGACAGACCAAGUGGUGAAGACUGCAGGUUGAAUCUGUCUGCUAAGAAGUGUCCGGACUCGACGUUAUCAGGAGUGGCCAGCUGCAGCCUGUCUGAAGAUGUCUGAUAAUGGGGAGGUUGAGGACAAGCCUCCAGCUCCUCCCAUGAGGAACACCAGCACCAUGAUCGGUUCCUGCAACAAGGACCCCGCCCCCCUCAACCAUGGCUCCAAGCCACUGCCGCCUAACCCAGAGGACAAGAAGAAGAAAGACCGCUCCAUUCGAUUUAUCCUGACUGGAGGAAGCGAUAAGACCUAUAAGAAGAAGGAGCGCCCUGAGAUUUCUCUGCCGUCGGACUUUGAGCACACGAUCCACGUCGGCUUUGAUGCCGUCACCGGGGAGUUUACCGGCAUGCCGGAGCAAUGGGCUCGGCUCCUGCAGACCUCCAACAUCACCAAGCUGGAGCAGAAGAAGAAUCCCCAGGCCGUCCUCGACGUUCUCAAGUUCUACGACUCAAAGGAAACGGCCAACAGCCAGAAAUACAUGAGCUUUACAGAUAAAACUGCAGAUGCCUUCAACUCCUCCAUCAUAACGAGCUCCAAGACCGUGUCGGAGACGCCCGCCAUAGCAACCGUGUCCGAGGACGAAGACGAAGACGAGGCCGAGCCCCCACCGGUGAUCGCCCCCCGCCCUGAACACACCAAAUCAAUUUACACCCGCUCAGUGAUCGAGCCUCUCCCUCCUCCUUCAACCAAAGAUGCAGCCACCUCCCCCAUCGUCCCGCCGGCCCCCGCCGCCGCUGCCGCCGCCGCCGUCACCCCCACCCCGCCUGCAGAGGCAGCGCCCGGCAGCCCCCCCAGUGCAAGCCCCGCCCCCGGCCCCUCCCUGCCCCGCGCACAAGACAAAACCAAGAAGAAGAAGAUGUCUGACGAGGAGAUCCUGGAGAAACUACAUGUGCUCAGGUCGCCCUCUGCUGGUAAGAGCAGGACACUGCCUCUGACUGACAGACCCGAUGCCCACUCUUCCUCGCUCCUCUGUGCAAUCCUUACAUCUGACUGGUCGCUCUUUCUUUUCAUCGUGUGGUCGCAGUCUUUCCAAGAUUCAUCCUCAAUUCCUUUUCCUGCUGUUGAAUGUGAUCCACUCAACAGCUGACGCGUCACUGUUUCUGUGUGUUGUCCUGUUUUUUUUCUAAUGUACAUUUUAUCCCUCUCAGUUGAACACGAUUCAAAUUAUUUUUCUUUAAGCCACAUUUGGUUUCAUUUUUCUUUUUUUCUUUCCCCCCUUUGGUUUGCAUGCUGCAUCAAGGCUAAUGAGUUGACAGACAUGCUGUAGAGUAGAAUCCAAAUGGAUAGAAACUCUA